GCAGCUGCUAUUGGUUCUUUUGUCGAGCUCACUAGAAUCAAUUCUUCCAUACAGGUUUGCAUGAACGAAGACGCUUUAUUGUUUCCCUCCGCCUCAAAUUCAGUAGGAUAACUGGACAUUUAAUCAGAGAUAUGGCUGGAGGAAAAGCUGGAAAGGACAGCGGCAAGGCCAAGGCCAAGGCAGUAUCCCGCUCCCAAAGGGCUGGGCUUCAGUUCCCAGUGGGGCGUAUCCAUAGGCACUUGAAGACCCGCACAACAAGCCAUGGACGUGUUGGGGCCACAGCGGCAGUGUACAGUGCAGCCAUCCUGGAGUACCUGACUGCUGAGGUGCUGGAGUUGGCUGGCAACGCCUCCAAGGACUUGAAGGUGAAGCGUAUCACACCUCGCCAUUUGCAGCUCGCCAUCAGAGGGGACGAAGAACUUGAUUCACUCAUCAAAGCCACCAUCGCUGGAGGCGGUGUGAUUCCCCACAUCCACAAAUCCCUGAUUGGGAAGAAGGGCCAGCAGAAGACGGCAUAGAGAAGAGUGAUGUUACGUGUGUGUGUAUAAAAGACGGCAAUCAGCAUGGCAUUUUGUUUCUGAUUAUUUUGUAAUUGUAGUUAAACCUGAGGUGUUCAGGUAGCCGCUUUUCUUUUUCUUACCCUUUUUUUGUACUUUUUCUUCAAGAGAAUAUGUUUUGGUUUGAAAAGAAUGAACAUGAGUUGUAUAUCCUUUUAGAUUUGUGUAUGGAAUACAAACAGGAGUCAAGGAUAAUUUUCUUGGGUAUUGGCUUUUACUCUUUACAAAAAAAGAACUGUUUUAUACAUAAAAAUGUUUUAAAUGUGUUUUUAAAAAAAAUGUCCUGUGUCCUUUUUUUAUCAUUCCAUGUUUAAAUGGUGCUGUGAGAACAGUGACCUUACAUUUUGUUUAGGGGAAAAAUCAAAUUGGCAAGCCAUUCAUUUUUUUAAGUUUCCCACUGAAGUUUACCAUAACGAGGUACAGUGGAAUAAGACCGGUGUUGUUACUGGAGAAAUUAUCGGUUUAUCUACAGCAGAUAAUUUGUUAUCACAGAGUGGUUAUGUUAUGCCCUUUAUAUUACUGCAAAUUACCAUCAACCUUUCCCCUCACACAGAGUUAAAGUACUAGUAAAAGUAUAUAGUGAUGUGUUCUGUCAAUAGGAAUGACCUCGGAAAUGUAAUGACUUGCCAAAUGUUUUGGUCCUCCACCAAGUUCUCCAUGCCCAUCUUCCUCACUCAGUUGUGACUGUCACUAUGGUGACUUAGUUAAUUAUUCAAUGAUUAGCUCUGUAUAAUAUGAAAUCCACCAGCUUCACCGUGACUGCUUGUUUAUCUGACAUUUUUACAUGUAUUACAGCACGGAGUUACUUAACUGUUUCAAAGUAUUUGAACUGUUUUAUGGUUUCCACUUUUUCUGUUAUUACAUUCUAGAUAAAAUGUUGAAGGUAUACUAUCAACUGAUAUUGUACUGACUUAAGGUAAACGGUCUGUAAUAGCUUGAAGAUAUUCUGUCUCGUGAACAAUGGCAUUCUCAGGUCAAAUUAUAAUUCAUUUUAAGUAGUGUUCAAAAUGUAGUAGUUUCACCAACAAGAUAUAUGAACCAUUAUUUCAUUUCAACAUUCAGUUUAUUCAAUAAACAUUCAUUCAAUAUA